AUGAACGAAAAACAAAAAAAAUUAGAUGAAGAUUUAAAAAACAAAACAAUUGAUGAAACAAUAGCUGAACAAAAAACUGAAGAAAUUGCAGGAUUAAUUAUUAUACAAUCAGGUCAAGAAGCAUUUCUUACACUACUUCAAUCUGAAAAAGAUUCGAAAAUAAAACGAUUGGAUAAAAAUAAAGAAAAUGCGAUCCAUGAUCAUGAUGAAUCAGCUGAUAUUUGGAUUGCAAAUGAUGAAACCGAUCAUGAACAAUUAAUAACAAGAUCACCAAUUCUGAAAUCAAAUGAAAAUAAAAAUAUUGAAGUCAUACGAGGUGCUUAUUAA